ACAGUGCCGAGUGUGCUGCGCGUCGCGCUUUAAACACCUAGUUAAUCUAAUUUUUGUAAUCAAUUAUGAUUUGCCAAUUAUUUUGUGUAUUAAAUUAAAAUUAAAUUUGUUUUGCCGUAAAUUUUCUUUGAAAACGGCAACUACAACAAGCACAAGCACAUUCUGUUCAUUUUGAGAUGCAAAUGAGUAAUAUGUUUCUGUGUCUAUUGCGACGUCAAACCACAUUUGCGUCCGACACACCGCUCGAUCCUUAGAGCUUCGUUUAACGUUAAAAUCGUACAACUUCUACAAAUUAACAAUUAGUCUAUCCAGAAAGGGGUGCGCUGCUUUAUCGUGCCUCUUCAAAUGAUGCAAAUUCAAUUUAUACAAAUCCUUAAAGUAAUUUUCGUGCUGUCAACAAUUGUCUCUGUAACAGAUUGUUGUUCAAGCCGAAUUUUACUGCUGCGCGAGCACACGCUGAAAAUUGUGGAGCAUCAGGACAAUUUUCACAACCAUCUGCACGAACAUGCCCACCAGUUGCAGCAGCAGAUCGAAAGGCGUGUUGUGGAUAUGGUGAACCAAAUGGAGAUGCAACAGAAGCUGCUGGCGCAGCAGCAAUUGUUGGAGCUCGGCGAGCAGCAACAGUCGGAGGGGGGAGGAACGGAAGAGCCGCUGCUGGAUUGGCAGGAUCUGGGCGAAGCAGCACUAUCAGAAACAACCACAGAGCAGCCCAUCACCAUCGAAAGCACAGAGACGUGGGCGGUUGGUGGCGAGACAACGACUGCAGCGACUGGGGAGCCACCACCUUCAAUCGAGCAAAUAAUCAGCACGCCGAGUUCCCCAAUGGAGUCCUCCACUGAAGCCAACUCCAACACAGACACAUCCUUGCCGCCUGCAGGAGGCAAGACGAAGGUGCAGGACUCCUUCAACUAUGUACGCGAAGUGCUGCCCUGCAGCGAUUCUUAUAAAUCGGAUUUCUGUCUAAACGGUGGUCGCUGUUUCCGCUUUCCGCUGGCCAAUCACAGUUUCUAUUCCUGCGAGUGUGCCGACGGCUAUGUGGGCGAGCGCUGCGAGUCGAAAACUUUGAAUGAGCAAUAUGUCAUCGCACCGCCGGCGCAGGAGCUGCAACCCAAAAUUGGCAUGGCCCGUAUUGUCCUUUCGUUUCCUAUGCUCAUAUUGCUCUCAACUAUUUACGUCGCUUUUGGCGCUGUAUUUAUGUUCCGCAGCGUUCCAAAGCAGCGCAGCGAACAGAAUCAGCUGCGCCUGCAUAAACAACGGUUUUUUGUCAGCUGUUAAAAUAACAAAGCGUUGCCAACCUGCACAAUUUUUUGUUUGCUUGUGGCAAUGCUGCUGAAAAUGUCUUUCUUUUGGAAACAUUUUUGGUUUCGCCCUUUAUGAUGAUAUUACUAGUUUUUUCUUUGUUGUUGAAUUAUUUAUCAUUUUCAUAUUUAAACGUUGCGCAACGUUUUAAUUUUAUGGCCAGUUACGCUUUAAUUACCUUUAUUAUUAAUUAGUUAUUUGUUUAGUGGAACAAAAACGCGCGCGCGCUUUUGCUUUGGAAGCUCCUUUUUUUUUGUUGGCAAUCGGCUUUCGUUUGUGGGUAACAUUUAGUUACGUUAAAUUUAAAAAUAAUUAACCUUAUUGAUAAUAACCAAAAGGAAAUAUUAAGUAUUUCAUAGAUAC